AUGUAUCGGCACGAACGGAUCGACUCGAUCGGAGUUAUCACUUCGGCCUCACAGAAAACCGAGAAAAUGGAACUGCUGCACGUGAUAAUCAAGUCGGGACCUUCGCCGCGACCCCUCGCUUGGUCUCUGGAUGUCUCGCCUUCUGAGGAAGGAGACGACUGGAGAAUGAUCAGAGCCUUCGGAGACAAGGACCAUUGCCGUAAACUCUGGGAUUUGAGGCCUGAGAGACGACGACGGAAGGCCAGGGCAGCGAAGAGAACGAGUAGAGCUGAUAAGCCUGCCUGUUCCACGCAGUUCGCUAGUCCGAGACCACUUGAAAAUGGAGAGAUGCAUGUUGGUGUGGGUGAGGGCGUGGUGGCGCGGCGCGUGCGCGUGUCAUUCCGCGCUGCGCACGCGUCGCCCGCGAAACAACAAUACUACACGGUGCGCGCGCUCACUGUAGCCGCGCGGUGUCUGUGCCACGGACACGCCACUAAGUGCGAUGUCAACGCUCAGGGUGCAAAGUGUGAAUGUGAGCACGGUACCUGUGGAGCUCACUGCCAUCGGUGCUGCUCCGGAGGGACCUGGUCUCCUCAUCAACCCUGUGAUGAUGGAGAGGAGAAAACUGAGUGUUCCUGUGGGGAGCGCGGGGCCUGUUCCUAUGAUGACACUGGCGCCAUACUUUGUGUUAACUGCACGCUUAGGUACCCGAGCGUACGGCACGUAGCGUUCCGCGCGCGCCUCAAAGAGCCAAUAGACCAUCACAGACGGGGCCCUGUAUGGCUGAUGUUCGGCGGGGGUUGCGGGGAGAAUCGGGCUGGACCUUUGUGUGACAGAUGUCUGUUCGGGCAUUACAACGCUCUGCCUGAUGGGCCCUGUGUGCCAUGUGGCUGUGACCCUCAAGGAUCUGAUGGAUCUUGUAAAUGGGAUAAGAAGCACAGACAGGUGGUCUGCAGCUGUUUGCCAGGGUUCACAGGUCCUCUGUGUGACACCUGCGAGGAGGCCACGGCAGAGUUCCCAAACUGCCAGACCCCAGUGACUCCGGCCUGCAAGUGUGACCCCCGCGGUAUUGUGGACCCUGAACGAGUUUGUGAUGAAGUUUGUGAGUGUAAAAGCAAUGUGGUGGGCGAGCGUUGUGACGCGUGUGCCCCGGGCCACUUCGGUCUGCUGGCGGAGUGGCCGGAGGGCUGCAAGCCCUGCUACUGCUCGCAUGUUUCCGACACCUGCACCCUGGCCUCCCCCGAAGAAGUGGAGCUACCGAGAGAUGUGAUCCUGCCCCUCGGCGAGGCGUGGCUAAUCACCGACUUUCAAGGAAACGAAACGCUAGAGCCAUCUGUUGACGAGCAAGGGAAACCGUUUGUCAUAAGUUAUGAGGUAGAAGGGUGGGAAUACUUCUAUUGGUUGACGAACUCUUUCAAUGGGGACCAGUUGGCUGCGUAUGGGGGCGAAGUCCUAGCUUCCGUUUACUGGGGCAUCGUGAGAGGGGACACGGGAGGAAACCCCACCUUUGGACCAGACGUCAUACUUAUUGGGACAGGCAAGUUAAAACUGUACCAUGGCACUAUGCUCGCUUAUUCCAACACUAGCCACGAGGCCCCUGGAAACCUCCAGAUCUCUGUGCCACUACUGGAAGGAAAUUGGCGCGUCGUGGAAGAUGACCAGUUGGCUUCUAGGACACAGCUGAUGGAUGUUCUGCGAGACAUGAAGGGGAUUAUGUUGAAGGCUCACUAUCACUUCGAUCAGGAUGAGGUGCGGUUGGAGCGCGUGGGCGUGCGCGGCGGGCGCGCGCGGCGCGAGGCGUGCUCGUGCCCGCUCGGGUACACGGGCGCGCACUGCGCGCGCUGCGCCUGGGCACACGCGCGCCUGCCGCACUACCAGUGUCUGCCCUGCGCCUGCAACCUGCACGCCGCCUGCGACACCGACGGCAAACGAGCCGACGGAUUACCUGAUGGUAAGCAAUCGGUGCCGCCCAUGAACACCCGCUACACCAAAGGAGUUACGAUGGAUGGACCAUGCGGGCCGUGCCAACACAAUACAACGGGCCCGCACUGCGAGCGAUGUCUGCCCGGACACUACGGAAAUCCUGUACAGGGAGCGUGCAAGCCUUGCGCGUGUCCGUUGUACGAAGCCAGCAACAACUUCAGCCCCAACUGCGCGCUGGCCAGCGCUGAGGGAGACGAGUACGUCUGCACCCAGUGUCCUGACGGGUACAUCGGGGAUCACUGCGAGAAUUGCGACUUCGGCUACUGGGGUUCGCCCACGACCCCGGGUGGGCGCUGCCAGGCGUGUGAGUGUGGGGGCUCUCCCUGCCACCCCGCCACGGGGCGCUGCCUCACUUGCCCUCCGCACACAGAGGGCGCGCGCUGCGAUCUCUGCAAGGAAGGCUACUGGUUUGGUGAGGAAGGUGUGGGUCCGUCGAGUGCGGGGUGCGUGCAGUGCGCGUGCGGCGCGGGCGCGCUGUCGGGCGCGUGCGACGCGCGGACGGGGCACUGCGCGUGUCGCGCCGGAUGGACGGGCCGCGCCUGCGAUACUUGUCUGCCAGGAUACGGCGGUGUGUCAGCGGGUUGUCCAGUAUGUCGGUGCGGCACGGCGGCGCUGAACGCGACCUGUGACGCGGUGUCAGGAGAAUGCGCGUGCGCACCCGGGGCCGCGCCGCCAUCUUGCGACACGUGUCUGGACGAGCACUACGGAUUGGACAGUACGGGCUGCAAAGCACCAAUCACGUGCAAGAUUCUACAUCGCGCAAGUGAAGUUAACGCGCUAAAUAGCACAAUAGAAAAAUCCCGACAACAACAGUCGGGCAGUAGCCCAGCCAGGCACGAACACCUCGCCUGGUCGGAGGAUCCUCCCUUUUCAAUGGAGGAUGAGGAAGUUUCCAUCCUGUUCCUCAUACCUCCAAACUGGUGA